UCGCCGAAGUUUUUGAGAGCCGCGAGAGAGAUUAAACAUGGCGGCCAACGGCGUGAGAAGGGCUCUUCAGUUAUCGUCAUCUUCCGGGAAAAUACUCUUCGGUCGUUCAUCAGCGGCAUCUUCCGCUUCAAAGGUCGGGAAAUCCGCGGGAAUAUCUUUCGCGAAUGAAUCAUCUGCUUCGUCUCGCUCCUCACUUCGCAGACUCAUAAUCUCCAGGAUCCCUGUGGAGAUGAGUGUAGGGAUAUCACUUAUACCUUUACAUAGUGUCACUGCUUCAGCUUUGCUCACUUCAUUGCUAUCUCUUAGCAAUCAAAGCUGGGGUUGCUUAUCAGAAGGAUUUGCAACGACACUAUAACAUGGCCUGCAAGUUUUAUUUCCUGGUUGGCAGUCCCGGCUCUGACCCAUGGCUAAGGGAGCGACCGCCCUGGGUCCAACACCCUUUUUUUAAUUUAUGUUUCAAAACUUGAUAAAAAAGGCACAUGAUCUAUUUUUUUUUUUUUAAAGCAAACCCUUAGAUCUGUUUAUCUGUUUAUCUAAACUUAUUUUGCAUUCUAAAAAUCACAGAUUUACAAUA